AUGGCAACCGAAAGUUUUGUUUUAGUUAUAACAGGUGCUUCUUCUGGUAUUGGUAGAGGGAUUGUCCUAGAAGCUAUCAAAAAUGGAGCUCGGGUUAUUGGAUGCAGUAGAAGUAGUGAAAAGCUCGAAGCAUUGAAAAAUGAAGUAGUUAAACAAGGUUAUUCUGCAGAUUCAUUUAAUUAUAUAGCUGGUGAUGCAUCAAACAAAGAUGUGGCGAAAGCUGCUAUUGAAAAAGCCAUUGAACUUUGCGGUCGUAUCGACGUUCUUAUUAAUAAUGCUGCCUUAAAUAUGAUUACCGCAUGUUUGGCUGAAGAAGAAAAAGAAAUUCAAACAAUUGCGAUUUGUCCAGGACCUGUAUACACUGAGACUAUGGAAGCUAAUUAUAAAAAAAUUGAACCUCUAAGCAAAUAUAGCAAAGAAGAAUUACGUGAAAGAAUAUUCCAUCCUGAAGAUACAGGGCACUAUGUUUGGCGUUUGAUUACUAACUUUCCCACCGAAUUUAACGGAAAGUUUGUAAAUUCUGCCGAACCAUCCUUAGCCA